UGUAGCAGGUCCGGCUCUGCCAUCGGGUCCUUUUUUUCCAACAAUUGGAUUAGCAAUCCUGAAGGCGUAUCUACCCAUGGCUACUAUAUCCUUAUAUACACAAACACUAUACUGCAUCAUAUUAGAGGGUUGUUUUCGCCGACAGCUGUCGCUGAUGCGCGCAACUCAUUUCGUGCUGGGCAUUGCUGCACUCCAAACGUUCUGGCCACCACCUUCUUUUAUUUUUUUUAUUUUUUGUUAUAUUUUUUGUGUGUUGUUUUUUCGUUUGACGGGCAUCAAUAAGUAGCUCCUCGUUGGUUGUUUACCACGUCAGAUCAGUGCCGAUGGUCUUCCGAUCAGCGCGUGUCUCCGCUGGUACGGCACUAAAAUACGGCUGUGAUUUAUCAAAAUAUGUGCAACAACUACAACAACAGUGCGACUUUGUUUUGAAAUCAGCAAGAUGCCGGGCAAUCAUUUCGGCUGGAGUUUGUCGGACGCCGUUGAUAAUCCGCGGCAGACGGGCCUGGUCAAUUUCCGUCGCUACAAACUGUUAGAGUAUCAAAGUAAGGCCGGUGCUGGCAUAUCUGUUGGUGACGAUGAAGACCUUGCUGCGACCAAUCAGUUCCAUCGUCUCAUAUCGGAAGAGACGGCGACAACCCGGCUGAUGGGAGCCGACUUGGAUUCGUCCGCCGCUCCUCUCCCUCCACCAUUCAGCCGACCGUCGGUGAAACCUUACUACGGACGUGAAAAUUCUGUUUCUCAGUGCUCCGACAGUUGUUUCGGCUCCGACUACCCAUCGCUCACUAGCACAGGUUCACCCGAGCCGCCGGAAUUCCCCAGUGAGGCGAAUAUGGAACGUGGAAGACGGUGGAUGAACUUAUCAGAGGCCGGCGCCAAUCAAUCGACUGGAUGGACGGAGAGAAUGGACGAGGUGCCCCGUACAUCGUCGGGUCCGCCUUCGACGACGUCGACCGCCGACGUCUGGCGAGGCUCCAUCCAUUACGCCAAGGCCGUGAUGGAGCGACGGGAGGGCGAAAUCUCCAGCAUGUACGACCAGCUGCACGAAAUCGAGGACGAUUUGACGUCGAUGAACAAUCAAGUCGGCAAAGUCAGCUCGACGCUGCAGCACUGCAACAACCAAGUGACGCAACAACAUCGACGACGAUGCAAUCAGCAGCAGCAGGACCUGUCUCAUCGGCCCCCCAUGAUGUCGUCCCUCUAUCAAUCUCAAUCCGUUUCUUCCUUGAACUGCAUCCAGCAGCCAAAUUCAUCGCCGUUCUCAUCGUUCGCCAGCAGCAGCGGCCGAAAUCAGCAAAGGAGAUCGGCGGCCUCCAACGCUAACGCCGCCUGGUCCUGUCGCAACCUCAACAGCCUGACCGAAGACGAGAUGGCCGAUAUUGUCCACCGGCUACUCACGCGCAUAUGCGAAUUCACACUGGCCAGACAGGAAGGCCGAAAUGAUAUUCCUUUAAUCGUUUAACUCUAGAUCUAGUUUAGGUAUACGUCUAGUUAAUUUAAUAUUAUGUAAUAUUGAAAGAAAUUCAGAUAAUUGUAAUAAUGAGCUACACAAAGUUCUCAGAGAUGAUCACGAUUGUCGCAGUUGAAAACCACCUCCCGCCGAUCUAUACUAAUGAACUACAUUUAUAUAUUUGAUAUUUUUUUGAACAUUGUUCUUAGUUGCAGCAUCAGCAAAGUACCUGUGAGAUGAUGAUCUCAUUCUUCACAAUGUCCCACAGUUAAGAAUAAUAUUAUAUAACCAUUUCGUGAAUUCGGUUAUUGUUUUAAUUGUCCAAUUUUUUGGGGUGGGUUAUGUUUUUCAGCGCAUUCGAAAUCCUGUAGACUUUACAACCCUAAACGCUAAACUAUUUAUGUUCGGGAUGUGAUAAUCAGCAUGCUAUUGUUAUUCUUGUAUUGAUGCAUUGCCGUAAUGUAUAUGUAUAAUAUGGACAUUAGACAGUCAAUAUAGAUUGAGUCUCAGGUAUUGAGUAGCGGGUUUCAGGCGUUAGACGUUUAUAGAGCCGAAAAGUCCAGGAUAUGAUGACGUGAUAUUACAACAUCAUCAUUCACGAUAGGCCUAUAUGCCUAUAUACGCAAAGCCCUAUCCAUUUGCAUGCACGCGAUAAGAACGAUAUUUAAGGAGCGUAUCGAUCGGCAUCGGCUAUUUGACAAUCAGCUUAUAAUGUGCUACAUAUUGCGCUCAUGUCGGAGUAGAGUGUAGAAUAUCCAUAAUGAUAUUACAGUCGAUAAUGAGAUCGAGUCGCACACC